CGUUUAUGAGCAAGUCGUGUUCGCUGGUCGUGGUGUUGGGAAAUGGUAUGGCCGAGGGAUCGCAGCUCGUUCCCUCACCAUCGAGUGUGUAGUGAUUGGUGGUAAUUUCUAAUCGAAACUGUGAGAAAAUAUGUACUUGGCGAUUAUUUCUUGAGUGGCAAAAGAGAGUAGAAAACAUCCACUAAAGACAAAGCGUACUGUCUCAAAUGAACCACAACUUGCGGCUCUCAGCGGGUAAACUAGAUGGCAAACGUACCAAAGACAUGAUGUCGUCAUCUAGUUUAUCAGGUACGUCUCAGCUUUCAAGCAGCAGCGAUGAAGGUCUGGAACCGCUCGUGCACAAGUCUCACAAUAUCAUCAAAAAGUCUGAAAGCACAACGAAAGACAAAGAUAACAACGAAUGGUUGCUAAACGGACCUGGAGGAAGCAAGCCGCCGGUACUGCGAUUCAAAUGCUCCGCGUUAGCCACACCACCAGAGGAUCCACCAGGGAAACAAUUGCAUAUGACCUACAAGAUCUUUCAAACUGAUACGAAACUUAUCAGUUUACUACUCCAAUCACAUGGCCUUGCCGAGGUUUCUAUGAAUGAACAAAAUUUCAACAUUUUAUGGAUGGGCAAUCAUCCAAAGCCAGAUGUUCUGCGUAAUCUGACACCGCACCAGAAAGUCAAUCACUUUCCAAGAUCUUACGAAAUCACGCGCAAGGACCGUCUUUAUAAAAAUAUUGAGGCAAUGCAGAGGAGCAAAGGUGCAAAGAACUUAGAUUUCAUCCCACAAACCUUUCUGUUGCCGAGCGAAUCGAGGGAGUUAUUGACCGCACACUUCAGAUAUCGCGGCCCUUGGAUUGUGAAGCCGAAAGCAAGUUCUCGUGGCCGCGGUAUUUACAUUGUUAACAGUCCAGAAAAAAUUAUCAUCGACGAAUCAGUUAUUGUUGCUCAGUACAUAAACAACCCGCUUUUAGUUGAUGGGCAUAAAUGUGAUUUGCGGCUGUAUGUCGCUGUGACAAAUUACGAUCCACUUUUGAUAUACCUUUAUGAAGAAGGACUAGUCAGGUUUGCCACUGUCAAGUAUGAUGGUGGACAUCAAUAUGUGUGGAAUCCAUGCAUGCAUCUUUGCAACUAUAGUAUCAACAAAUUCCACGUAGAUUACAUCAAGAGUGAAGAUCCAGAUGCCGAAGAUGUUGGUCACAAAUGGACACUCUCAGCAUUGUUACGGCAUCUUCGAUCCAUGGGACAAGACACAGAGCUAUUGAUGCAGAGAAUAGAGGAUGUCAUUGUGAAAUCUAUUUUAGCCACUGCAUCUGGAAUUGUCAGCGGCGUAAAGCAGUUCGUCAAACAUCCAGAUACAUGUUUCGAAUUAUUUGGGUUUGAUAUCUUAAUUGACGACACCUUGAAACCUUGGCUACUUGAGGUCAACCUCACUCCGUCUCUAGGUUGUGAUUCCCCAUUGGAUGUGAGGCUGAAAUCUGCAUUAAUGGCAGAUUUACUCACUCUCGUAGGCGUUGCUGCUGUUGAUCCGAUAUUGAGACCACAUAGUAACAACCAUCGAUCUAUUACGAAUCCUUCUAAAAAGAUGACCAGUUACAGAAGAGUUCAUUCGGCUGAAAUGCUCAUGCAGAAGAAGAAAAAUGUAGCCAAAAAUAGUUUAAACAAAUCUGGUCUCACAGCCGAACAACAAAGAAUAGUUGCAUCUGCUCGAGCACAGUUUGAACGGAGAGGUGGUUUUGUUCGUAUCUUCCCUAGUCCAAAAUCGUGGGAAAUCUAUUCUCAAUAUCUCGAUUCUGUCACAGGAAUACCAGUAGUAACAGACCCCUUGGGACCGGGAAGGAUGCAACAGCAGGUUAAUACCAACUAUAAUUUAAUGCUACACGAACAAUUGUUCCCAGCUGCAAGCAGAACUACUGGAUUUAUCAUUCCUGAAGUGACACUGGAUAGACUUUCAAGGUAUGAGAGAUAUGAGAGAGCUUUGGUGAAAGGCCAUAAACAGAGCUUGGAUCGCGGUGACAGCAAAGAAAACUUAGACGUGGAUACACACAAGUACAAAGCACAAGUGAUGAAGCUUAUGGAGGAUGGAAAUAAACUCAGCUCAGGUGAAGCAAGAAAGGCUUUUGGAUUGUACUUGGGAUGUAUUCUACGAAAAAUUUCUCAACCAAGUGCGGACUCAGCCUGUUCUGAACUAGUCAUGAAAUUUCUCCAGCAAUCAGCCAGUAACUUACGCACACCCUUCUUAUUCACUUUGCCAAGCAGUAAACUAGGUGACAAAGAUCGUGCAGCCAUAACAGCAAAACAGUUAUCUGACUUCUUACAUCUAUACAACAGAGAAACAGAUUUAUAUGCAGACACAGUGGAUCGCCCGCGAACCGUGCCUAAUAGAUUAUUUCAAAAAUUCCUCGCAACUGCUAGUGAAGAAGAUCUGGAUGAUGUACUAAUACUGCAAACACGACUGUAUAACUGCGCACACAGCUUUCUGGGCAGGAGUGGUUUUGCGGGAAGCCUUCGUGGACCUAAUCUACUAGGUUCUUUACCUCACAUCACAUCACGGGUACAUUCUAAUGCAGCUGGCACCGAGCAGUGUAAAUGUAACCAGCCUAUUAAUAAACUAAGUAAGCCUCCACGCUAAUGAAUGCUAGUGUUAUCUGUCUUCUACGUUCAUAUUCUUCUAGGUCAAUUUUUAAAAUUAUUAGACAUAUUUAUUGUAUUAUCGAUAUCCGUAUAAUGCGGCUCAAAACAAGCACAGUGCGUUAAA